AUGGCGUCAACUAAUGAUACUGCAAUUGCUUUGGAGAAGUCUGCCGCCAACCAUGUCGAAGAUACUCUUGGUAUCGGUGCCAUCCAUGAGGCCAAGCAGGCAACCGACGACGAGCACUCACAGACACUGAUGCAGGCUUUGCGGGAGAACCGCAAGGCCGUGAUGUGGUCUGUUUUGGUUUCCAUGUCCAUCGUCAUGGAAGGAUACGAUACCAUCCUAAUGGGUAACUUCUUCGCCUUACCUGCGUUCCGACACAAGUAUGGAAAGGACUAUGGCGGUGACAUUGGAUGGCAGGUCUCUACGCCUUGGCAGACUGGUUUGAACAUGGCCAGUACGGUGGGCUGUAUCUUCGGUGGUAUCUUGAACGGAUACUGUGCGUCAAAGUAUGGUUACUGUCGCGUCAUGAUGGUUGCCCUCAUCUUCCUGACAGCCUUCAUUUUCAUCACAUUCUUCGCGAGCUCCGCGGCCGUACUGCUAGUCGGCCAAAUUCUGUGCGGAUUUUCGUGGGGAGUCUUCGCCACCAUCGGACCCGCGUACGCAUCCGAAGUCUGCCCAACCAACCUGCGCGGCUACCUCACAGUCUACGUCAACAUGUGCUGGGCUAUCGGUCAACUGAUUGCCUCGGGUGUCCUCUAUGGACUUGUCAAGCGCUUGGACCAAUGGGGCUACCGCAUCCCCUUCGCCCUGCAAUGGGUCUGGCCAGUGCCAUUGAUGGUGGUCUGCUGGUUUGCACCCGAGAGUCCUUGGUGGCUCGUUCGCAAGGACCGACUAGAUGAUGCGAAGCGCAGUAUCCGCCGACUGGGCGGCAGCAAGACCGAAGACCAGAUCAACGGACAGCUGGCGAUGAUGGUUCACACAAUUAAGAUCGAAGCCGAGGUUGAAGCCGGAACAACCUACUGGGAGUGCUUCAAGGGUGUUGACCUGCGCCGCACAGAGGUCUGCUGCCUGACUUUCGUCGGCCAGAUUUUGUCCGGUAGUUCAUUCGCCUACUCGCCCACUUAUUUCUUCACUCAAGCCGGCAUGGACGAAAGUCACUCCUUCCAGCUCGGCGUUGGCUGCACAGGUAUCGCUUUCGUCGGAACCUUUCUGUCCUGGUUUUUGAUCACCAGAUUUGGCCGUCGCACACUGUAUGUCACUGGCAUGGGCACUUUGUCCGGCGUUCUCUUCCUCAUCGGCAUCUUGAGCGCAUCAGCACCUCAUAGUAACGGUGCGAUGUGGGCGCAAGCCGGUCUAUGCUUCUGCUGGCUGUUCACAUACUCCCUGACCGUCGGCCCGAUCGCAUAUGCCAUUGUCUCCGAGUCGUCCUCGAUCCGCCUGCGCCCGUUGACAGUUUGCCUGGCACGCACAGCAUACCAGAUCAUCAACGUUGUGUCCCAGGUUCUAUCACCAUACUUCAUGAACCCGACAGCGUGGAACGCAGCCGGCAAGACUGGAUUCUUCUGGGGUGUCACUGCUCUCGUCGCCUUCGUUUGGGCAUUCUUCCGUCUGCCAGAGCCCAAGGACCGUACCUAUGCCGAGCUAGAUAUUCUGUUUGCCACCAAGGUUUCUGCGCGCAAGUUCGCGUCGACUAAGGUGGAUGUCUAUGCAGUUAGGCCAUCUUCGUCGCAGGAGGGUCUUGUCACCGAGAAGGCCGAGGAAAUCCGGGAGCAAAAUUAA